AUGUCAUGCCUUUUUGUCACUAACUCCACAAAACUUCUCUUUGACGGAAGCAACCUCUUCCCCGACACCCCCCUCCCCAACCCCCAAUCUCCUUUCAAGGGCACUGUGGUGAUGGCUGUAAGAAAUCUGAGUGUGGAGAUGACCUUUGCCCUCUUGGGUUUCGCGGAUUACCCAGAGCUUCAGAUUCCUCUCUUCCUCUUGUUUCUGAUCAUGUACAUUAUCACCGUGGUAGGAAAUCUUGGGAUGAUAGUAAUCAUCAAGAUUAACCCCAAAUUUCACACUCCCAUGUACUUUUUCCUCAGCCACCUUUCUUUUGUUGAUUUUUGUUACUCUUCCAUCGUUACUCCCAAGCUGCUUGAGAACCUGGUCAUGGAGGAUAAAAACAUCUUCUACUUUAGCUGCAUGUUGCAGUACUUCUUGUCCUGCACUGCUGUGGUGACGGAAUCCUUCCUGCUGGCAGUGAUGGCCUAUGAUCGCUUUGUGGCCAUUUGCAACCCUCUGCUUUAUUCAGUGGUCAUGUCGCAGAGGCUCUGUGCCCUGCUGGUGUCUGGGUCGUAUCUCUGGGGUAUGUUUGGUCCCUUGGUACUCCUCUGCUAUGCUCUCCAGCUAAACUUUUCUGGACAUAACACAAUCAACCAUUUUUUCUGUGAAUACACAGCUCUCAUUGCUGUCUCCAGCUCAGACAUACUCAUUCCCCACCUGCUGCUUUUGGUUGCCACUUUCAAUGAGGUGAGUACACUGCUGAUCAUCCUCACUUCAUACACUUUUAUAUUCGUGACUGUACUAAAUAUCCAUUCUGCCAGUGGGCGUCGCAAAGCCUUCUCCACCUGUGCCUCCCACCUGACUGCCAUUACCAUCUUCCACGGGACCAUCCUUUCCCUCUACUGUGUGCCCAACUCCAAAAACUCCAGGCAAACUGUCAAAGUGGCCUCUGUAUUUUAUACAGUGGUCAACCCUAUGCUGAACCCUCUGAUCUACAGCCUGAGGAAUAAAGAUGUGAAAGAUGCCCUCCGGAAAUUAAUAGACACAAAAGUCCCAUUCCACUGA